AUGGCAGUAUUAUUCAAAAAAGCUUUGAUUGACCUUGGUACAAAACAAGUGUCUGUGGUAUCCAAUAAAGAGUCCAAUGUAUAUGACUGUUGUUCUUUAUAUUGGUUACCUUUACAUGAAAAAAUGUGGACAGGAGAAGUUGAAUUCAGAUUCAUUAAAAAUUGGGCUGAGGAUGUGGAAUUAAAUUUCACUGAAGAUUUAGGGAAUUCAGGGGGUGAUAAAAGGAACAAUACAUUACUUGAUAUAUCUACCACUAGAUCUUCAAGAGUCGAGAGGUCUUGUGCCAGAAAAGAGAACUGGGAUAAUGAGCUCUUUCCGGACUAUCUUUUUAAAUACAAUGAAACAUGGGAGGGGGAACUUUUUUCGACUCAAUAUAUGGAAUCUUUUCGGGAAUCUUGGGAGGGGGAUUUUUAUUCUGAUUUUUAUAUUAUGUCAUUUGAGUUUUAA